UGUCAUUCGCUGUUGUCAUUGCAUGAUCUAUUUCGCUGUAUCGCGUUUUGGUUAUGUAAAAAACAUAUCUGAAACGAAGCACUAUCGCUGACGUUAAAUAUCGCGUACGUUAAUUCAUAUUUAGCGUGGAACAUAUCUUGGGCAGAUUUUUCUUUGAAACUGAUCGCCCGGAGAAGACACGGGAAGUCUCGAAGUAUGCGAUGUAUGGCUUGGCUUCAGCUCGAGGAUAGAGAAAUCAGAGGUUUAGUAAGGAAAGAUGCCACACGCUGACAGAGUUUGCAACUCUAGAAAAUGGCUGGCCCAUGUGACAGGUGAUGUAGCCGAUCGCUGGUCAUUUCGGAGAAGACAAAAAAGAUGCCCUUUGCCCUCUUUAUGGUUAAUUAAUUGCAUUAAACGCAGACAACAAGCUUGACUGCGUAAUCAUUUACAUUGGGAAACAUAAAUACGUUACAACACAACUAAACAAUGAACAUUCUAUCAGCUUUAAUUGGGUUUGAGAACCUCCAUGAGGUCAAGAGGCUUUUUCACUGGGGUCCCAUCAUCGCUCUGACAGUCAUCGGUGUGUGCUCCUCCAUGGCCGUACUGGAUUCCAUUAUCUGGUACUGGCCACUGGACACCAUUGGAGGCAGCAUCAACUUCAUUAUGCUCAUUAACUGGACUGUGCUCAUUCUUUACAACUACUUUAAUGCCAUGUUUGUGGGCCCUGGGUACCUUCCUCUUGAGUGGAAACCGGAAAAGCAACAAAACAUAAUGUAUUUACAAUUCUGUAAAUUGUGCCAAGGUUAUAAAGCUCCUAGGUCACAUCACUGUCGCAAGUGUAACAGGUGUGUGAUGAAAAUGGAUCAUCAUUGUCCCUGGAUCAACAACUGCUGUGGUCACUUGAAUCAUGCCUACUUCACCAGCUUUCUCCUGCUUGCUCCUCUGGGCUGCGUACAUGCUGCAUUUAUCUUUGUCAUGACCAUGUACACUCAAAUCUAUGAUAGGAUCUCAUUUGGGUGGAGCACAGUGAAGAUUGACAUGGGGGCUGCUCGGUACAUCCACCAUCCCAUUAUGCCUUUCAGCAUUGCAGCAUUUGCAGCCACUCUCUUUGCCUUGGGACUGGCACUGGGUACCACAAUUGCUGUCGGCAUGCUGUUUUUUAUACAGAUGAAGGUGAUUCUUCGAAACAAAACCUCAAUAGAAGUAUGGAUUGAGGAGAAAGCCAAAGACAGAAUCCAGUACUACCAAACAGGUGAAGAGUUCAUCUUCCCCUAUGACCUGGGAAGCCGAUUGGAGAACUUUAAGCAGGUGUUCACCUGGUCUGGUACCCAUGUAGGAGAUGGAAUCGAAUGGCCUGUACAUGAAAUGUGUCACCAGUAUACACUAACCAUUGAGCAGCUGAAGCAAAAACAUGAUAAACGGCAGAGAAGUGUGGAAUACAGAGUUGUGGAAGACUACAAUGGGGCUUGUUGCCCACUGGGGAAGGGGCUUAACACUUUCUUUAGGACACCUUGUACUGAGGAGCCCAGGAUUAAACUCACAAAGGGGGAAACCAUCUUUGCUACAAGAGGAACAAAGUGGUGGAUGUACGGAGACAAAGUUUUGAAUGAGGAACAGGCAAAAGCUGAAGUUUGCAUUAAAGGAUGGUUUCCAAGGCGAUGUGUCGAGAAGUGUCACUAUGGCUCGACGAAUGAUUCGACAAGUGAAGAAAAAAAAGAACAAUGAUGAAUUGUAUGUUUCACUGUUCAGUUUGAAGAGAGCAUUUUUAACCCAGCAGUGAUGCAAAUGUCUAAAUUGUAUUGUGUUUUGUCUAAUUCUUUUGUAAAGCUGUUCAAUAGCACCAGCGCUAGGUGUUGGCAAAUCGGUGGCAAAGCAAACACAUACAACCUGCUGAAAUGGUCUGGUGGGUCUGUUUGCUGGUUACCAGAGGGAUUUUGGUCUGGCUUUGGUCAGGUUUGUUUAGUUGGGCUGGCACCCCAAAGUUAACUUCUUUAAACUUCUGUAAUACAUAAUUUUAUUUCCAAAGAACAGAUAUAAUAAAUAAAAAUUAGCAAAUAAAAAAGAAAUGAGAUUUUUAUAAAAAUGCAUAUGGCACCAUAGUGAUUAAUAAGAUGUUUACUUGAAACAUCUUUCUUCGUUCUUUCCUCUUUCUUUCUCUCUCUUGCUUGCUCUCUUUCUUUCUUUGAUGCCACACAGAUUAUGCAAAGCCUUUCUCCAGUUGUAACAAGUUUUUUGUCAUGCAAAUUCUCUGAAUUGUUUUUAUAGUACAAAUAACGAUUUCAUUUUGUUUUUGAUGACGUCUUGUAGUCAACCUCACUGAUGUCAAAUAAACAACCAUGCUCUGUACAAUAAGUUAUUAAUUUUAUUGUAGUUUUACUUUUUAAUGGAAAGUAACAGUACAAUGACUUUCCACGUUAUACACAACCAAU